ACAAAGAAGGAGCACUUAUACACGUGGAGAAUUGAACUGGCGAAAACAGAAAAGUACUGGGACGGCUGGUUCAGGGGUUUAUCUAACCUCUUCCUAAGCUGUCCGACUCCAAAGCUUUUGCUUUUAGCUGGUGUUGACAGGCUGGAUAAAGAUCUAACAAUUGGACAGAUGCAAGGGAAGUUUCAGAUGCAGGUCCUCCCACAGUGUGGCCACGCAGUCCACGAAGAUGCUCCAGACAAGGUUGCUGAAGCUGUUGCGACGUUCCUGAUCCGUCACAGGUUUACAGAGCCCAUCGGUGGAUUCCAGUGCGUGUUUCCUGCUUGUUAAUACCCUGGUGUUCUCCAGCACUGAGUCCUGUUGUAAAUAAACUGCACCAGAGGCCACUGUGAUGUAUCCAUCUCCUUUCAUCUCUCCAAUUCAGCGGCAGUGAGAAGUUGGUGUGAGAUUCAUCUCUUAGAACUAGUUCUCCGCAGUGUGUAAAUGCUUAGGGACUUCCUUGCUGGGAAGCAGCUCGUGAAAGACCGUGAAAAGCUCUUCAGGCCCUUUGGAAGUGGAUUCCUCUCUGCUGCUACAAGGAAAAACCUCCUGAAACCCCAACUAGUCAAUCAUACCGAUCUCCAUCGAUUCUCAGGCUUUCUUGGGGGCCAUUGGCAAUCCAGAUCCACUGAGGGUGUUGCAGCAUAGCCAAAGUUUUUAGGAUUUCUCCAUGGGAUCAUCUAAUUCUCUUUGAAGUGCCCCUUAGGUUUGAUGUUUUUAUAUUCGUGUUUCUUUCCCCUAGAGCAGAUGAGGAAU